GCGUACACUGACGUGUCAGUUCUUGGCUAUUUACCCGCUUCGUAUUUUUUCCAUAUUUCACUUUCCCUUUUAUGUCUGUGGUUCAGUUUUUGUCUUCGGACUAAUAUUUUAAUAUGUUUUUAUUGUGUAAAUUGUAGUUGAUCAUGUUAUGCUAUUUCUGCUGCAUAAGUUCUUGUUCCGCAACAAGAAGACUUCCGUAAUGAACACUUGUCCGCAGCGGAACCAUUUGUCAACAAUUGCAUAACACUAUCUGUCAAGACCUAAACACGUAGCCUACUUUGUCAUAAUAAUUAAAAAAAAGAAUAAUAUUUUUAUAUUUCAGGGAAGGGGGUUUUGCCGGUAAACACAAGCACAUCGUUGGUGUUGUCCAGUCUGCUGUCAGUGCUGGUGUUUGCAGGAAUGCAGAUGUUCAGUCGAUUGCUGGGCUCAUCAGAGUGGCUGACCAUCCUGGGGGGCUUCCUGGGCUCUGUGCUGUUUGUCUGCUCUCUCACUGCUUUCAAUAACCUGGAAAACCUAAUCUUUGGCAAGGGUUUCCAAGCAAAAAUAUUCCCAGAGAUUCUCUUGUGCCUGUGCCUCUCUCUGUUUGCCUCUGGUUUGGUGCAUCGUGUGUGCGUGACAACAUGCCUUAUCUUCUCUAUCUUUGCACUGUACUACAUCAACAAAGUGUCAGCGGCGCUCUACCAAGCAGCUCCCAACCCAACACCUGCCAAACCCACCAGCAAGGGCAAAAGGAAGAACUGAAGAACUUAUGACAUUCCGUUAAAGUCCCCAGCCACCCAUUAAACCAUCAGACAACUGUAUAAUCAUGAUCAAAGAUGUGAUGUUUUUGAUCUUUUUUUUUUUCCAUUCCAUACACAUUGUAAAGAUAACUGAACAUAUUUGGUCUUACCAGCAAUAGAUAAGUGAGUUUUUUUUUUUUUUUUUUUUU